AUGCCCCUCUCUUGUGGUGUCCUCCAGUCUGGGAAGUCCUUCCCUGAACAGAAGAGCCUGCAGGCUCCAUGUUGCUUCCUCAAGCCCAGCACAUGCUCAGACCUCCUAUCAGAGUACCCAAGAACAGAUGGCCCACAGCAUGGGGGCCAUGAGGCCCAGACCUCUGAGGACAAAUUGUGCUGGGCUGCUAAAUCACCAGCUGGUCUUGUCCUGCAUACAGCCAGCCUGAGUUUGAAUCUCCCCUCCACCACGAGCCGCCGCCGAGCCGCCUCCUUCCUCCUCCGAUCGCGGGGCUGUCAUGCGACCCCCAACAACCUGACCCCCACCAACUGCGACUGGUGGCCCAUCUCGGCGCUGGAAAGCGAUGCAGCCAAGCCGGUGGAGGCCUCCGACGCGCCCGAGGCGUCCAGCCCCGCCCAUUGGCCCAAGGAGAGCCUAGUUCUGUACCACUGGACCCAGUCCCUUCAGAAAAAAAAAGUGCGGCUGGUGAUCGCCGAGAAGGGCCUGGCCUGCGAAGAGAGGGAUGUCAGCCUGCCCCAGAGUGAGCAUAAGGAGCCCUGGUUCAUGCGGCUCAACCUGGGUGAGGAGGUGCCCGUCAUUAUCCACCGGGACAACAUUAUCAGUGACUACGACCAGAUCAUUGACUACGUGGAACGCACCUUCACGGGAGAGCAUGUGGUGGCUUUGAUGCCCGAGGUGGGAAGCCCACAACACGCCCGAGUGCUGCAGUACCGGGAGCUGCUGGAUGCACUGCCCAUGGACGCCUACACCCACGGCUGCAUCCUGCAUCCGGAACUCACUACGGAUUCCAUGAUCCCCAAGUACGCCACGGCCGAGAUCCGCAGACAUUUAGCCAAUGCCACCACAGACCUCAUGAAACUGGACCAUGAGGAGGAACCACAGCUCUCUGAGCCCUACCUUUCCAAGCAGAAGAAGCUUAUGGCCAAGAUCCUGGAGCACGAUGAUGUGAGCUACCUGAAGAAGAUCCUUGCAGAGCUGGCUAUGGUGCUUGACCAGAUUGAGGCAGAGCUGGAGAAGAGGAAACUCGAGAAUGAGGGGCAGAAAUGCGAGCUGUGGCUCUGUGGCUGUGCCUUCACCCUGGCGGACGUCCUCCUGGGAGCUACCCUGCACCGCCUCAAGUUCCUGGGACUGUCCAAGAAAUACUGGGAAGACGGCAGUCGGCCCAACCUUCAGUCUUUCUUUGAGAGGGUCCAGAGACGCUUCGCCUUCCGGAAAGUCCUGGGCGACAUCCACACCACACUGCUCUCGGCUGUUAUCCCCAAUGCAUUCCGACUGGUUAAGCGGAAGCCACCAUCCUUCUUUGGGGCAUCCUUCCUGAUGGGCUCCUUGGGUGGGAUGGGCUACUUUGCCUACUGGUACCUCAAGAAAAAAUACAUCUAG